AUGUGUAAAUUCCAGACCUGUAGUGAUUGCACAUUAUUUUCCAACAUCGCAAUCAUUCAGAAUAACGACGGGUUUGCGCCGGAACGAGGCGAUGCUUCGAGUCCUGCAGCUUCAGGAGCAGAAAUCGAUGACAUGCCUGCUGGGGCUUCUGCCGCACGUUCUCCCAUUGGUGGUACUAGUGAAUCCGGUGACGAGGGGCCAAGAAAACGAUCAGCAAGUCCCAAUUCGUCAAAUCUGAUUAACUGGGAUAACCCAGCUAAGAAAAUGUGUACGGACGGUGUGAAUGUUAACGAAUGGAUUCACGAUCAGCAACAAACGGAAACCAAUCCAAUUAAUACUAACGAAAUGACUACUGCUUAUAAAGAGAAUCACGAAAUGCUAGAACAAAUGGGUUUUGUUGUGGAAGAAAUCGAUCUAGCGCUGCGGCUCUCAAGCAAUGAUGUUGAAAAGGCGAUUCAGUAUUUGACAAGAGAAAUUUCGGGAUUAGAUUCGAAUAAAACUAACACGUCGACAAUUGAUGCGCGCGCGCUUUUCAACAUGAACGAUAUCAUUCAAAAUCAAUAUGUUGAAAGCGACGAGGAGGACGUGUCUGAUUCAGAGAGCUGUGUUUGGAGAGAUGAGGAUUGUCGGCGUGUUAAGACGAUAGUGGAUAUGAACAGAAAUAUUUUCUAUCGAAAAAAUGGAUCCUUUUCAAGAUGUCUUACGGUGUGUAAAAAUAUCUUGACCAGAAAGACCAAAGAUUGGAAAGAGUGUCUUGAAUUCGUUGAAACUGUCGUCGUGUAUGCGAUAAACAGACAUGUUAAUCCACCAGAGUAUCAGAAAGUCUAUCUUGGCGAACAGGAAAUAAUGUUGAUCGAAGAGCUCUAUCAUGCUGUCAUUCCUAUAAUGAGCCUUCGUAUGACUUACAAUCCAGUUACGAUUCGAACAAUUCUCUCGAUUGAGGAAAUGUUCAAUCCGCGAAACAAAUUCUUUACUUCGUCCGCACCAUAUUUUGCAAGAAGCGAGCGCGUAUAUCCAAAUACUAAUUGGGUUGUUCCGGAAUUAGUGGAAUCGCCGGAUAACAAACUUCUUUUUGCGAGUCUUGCCGACGAAUAUAUUCAAAAUAUCAUUCCGUUAUACAACAGACGUUUCUUGGAAGAUGAGGAUGUUCCCGUUAACGACAUUAUGCUGCUUAUCCGAUCUUUGGCGCCAUUUGUUCCAAUUUUCGAUAGAAGAAAUGAGCAACUGAGAACUUGUGUUCGGGCAUGGACUAAUGUUGCUCUUGGAAGACUGCGAACGAUGACCGAUAAAGAAAUUCGUGACUCGCUAACUCGUCGACACGCUUGCGACAUGAUAGGUGAAUCUAUCAAUAUUUGCGAUAAACUGGACUUUGACAUUGUCGAAACCACUAUGGAGCCCCGAAUGGAAUUUUUGAAGAAAUGCCUCAAUUGUCCACAAAUGGAGUGCAUGAUGUUCGCCCUUGAAGAACUUGGAAACAUGUCCAAUCACAUUUACCACUACAGUACAGUAACAUUUCGUGAUUUGGAUUCGAUUUCGGAACCGCGUUUUAAGCAAUGGCUCAUUGAUAACAAAGUUCUUCAAAUGAUUCUCACGGGAAAUAUGGAUUCUGCAGUUUAUGUAGAACGAACGCAGCCAAUUCUUCAUUAUAUGACUCCUGAGUUAACUGAAGAUGAUUUGAAGUUCAUAUGGUCGCUUCGUAAAGGAAGAAUGGGCGUUAGUGUAGAAAAUUUCAACAAAAUCAUGGAUCUAAUUGUGAAAGGGCUGACCAUUGAACAGAUGAAAUGGGUAUUUGAUUUAUUCCGAAAGAGCUUCAACAAUCGUGAGACGAGAUUAUACGAAUCGAUCUUCAACUUCUGUUAUAUUAUGGUUGCACGUGAUCGGAAUGAUAGCUGCAAACUGAUGGUGGCGCGAACCAUCUGGGAACUGAUUGAAUUCUGUCGUGGUCCGCCUCUGAUUGUUCCGUUCAAAUGCAUCGAGUUUGGAAUGAAAAAGCAUUGCGACAUUUUGAAUUCGCUUGAUGAUAAGGAGAGCCGAGAUUUGUUCCUCGUGAAAGCCAUUGAAAUGCUCAAAGCAGAUGCGACAUUUUCCGAGACGUACGUAGUAUAUUUGCAUAUAAUGCUUGAUAAAUUGAAGAAAAUGUACAUUCCAAGGCGAAUUACAAUCGCGGACCGAUGUGAUGAGGAUUUCUUGAAAAUCGAACGAUUACGCGAGCGUUUGAAAAUAGGAAACCUGUUUGAACAGCUUAUGGAUCGGCUUGAAUACGUGCGAAAAGUUGCACAUGAGAAUUUCGAAUCAGCAUCAUUGAACAGUCUUAUGGCAUCAAGCCAAGAAUCACUAUCGAACGCUGUAUUUGAAUCAACUCUUGAUGAAUUCGAUGGAAUUUCACAAUCAAUUUUGACAUCGACAUUUAUCAAUGGAAUCGAUUACGGAUUUGUACUCGACGCCACCUUAAAGCUAAUGAGAUGGUUAAUUGAGAGCGAAGUGACGGGGCUGACCACAGAAUUUCUUGAAAGACUAUUCAAUAUGUUCAUCUAUAAAUCAGAUUCGAAAUCGGAUGAAAAGGCGAAAAUAUUCAAUUUGUUGUCGGAGCUAAAACUUCAAACUGUGCGCCAAGACAGCUCGCGCUCAAUUCUCUCGCUCUUCUGCAAAAUCGAUGUUGCUGCAGUUCAGAUAGAUGGUUUGCGUUGCUUCAAACGAUAUUUCGAAGACAUUGAAAUAAUGCCAAACGAGGAGGAUACACCUCUUAUUGAAUCGCAUAUUAUGGAGCGAAUGAAUGAAUGCAAAUUGUUCCUGUGGAAACUCAUUUUACUAAAUGAUUCAGAUGAAGUUGUCGACAAAUCAAUUGAAGCGUUUUGUGAAAGAGAAAUUGUAGCUGUUACAUCGCCGUCUAGCAUUCGCAUGAACACUCGGCACUUCCUAUCGGUUUUCGCGUAUUAUAUUGAACAAAUCAAAAAGGAAUUAUAUUCAAGAAGUGGAAAAGAGAUUCCUGAAGAUACAUAUCAGAAGAAGGAUAUUGAAAUAUGCGAGGAAGAAAUUGCGCAGCAUGCGAUUCCUGUGGAGAAAAUGUUAACUGAAACGUUGAUGAGAGCUUUGGAUCGUCUCAUUAGAUUCCUAUUCACUUUCGUGCAAUUGGGAAAUGAUAAAAACCCAAUGAUUCGACAAUAUCCGAGGCAUUCUGCAUCGCUAUCAGGGCACGUCGUCACUUUUUCACUUGAAUUGCGAAGUGAUGAUAUGGAAGACAUCGACAAUCUUGAAUGGAAAAGAGUGGUUUGCGAUUCAAAUUCGACAAUUGGCGAGCUCAAAGUGCGAAUUGCUCGUAGAUUGAUUUACCACGAAAAUUUCGUCGAUUUUUCCUUAUUGAAAAGGAUGGACGAUUCGUCGCUUCCAGAUUCGAACUGCCGAUAUGAUAAUUUAACAUUGAAAGAGUGUCACUUUGCAUCGGAAUCCGAUUCGAUAUUGGCAUCAGAGAAAAGUGUUAUUCUAAUCAAACCAAGGCGAUCUCAUGGUCGACGACAAGAUUCUCGUCGUGCCACACGCGAGUCCUACCUCCCGUCUUACAUUGUUUCGAAGUAUAACUUUUAUGAUUUAAUUCAUGAACUUGUGACUAUUGGGGACACUCGACUCAGAAGUUCGUGUCGUCGCCUACUUUUGCUUCUUCCGACGCAACCCGCGUUUUUGGAAAAACUGCAACUGACGGAAGAUGAGAAGGAUCAAGACGUCUCACUCGUUGAAAAGUUCAACAAUUUCUGCAAUGAGAAUUUGAAUGAACUGAUGCCAAAUCGAACGCUUUAUGCGUUGGAGGCAAUCUCAUCGAUCGUUGCUCCAACUGUUAUGACGGUGGCUUCGACCCGUAAAGCCAGUGAACUAAUUUCUGCAAUGCACGAAACGGAUGUGUUCUACAAGUUUGCCACAAAGGUUUUGCAAUCACCAAACAUCGUUCCGACGACGAGAAUUCCUCAAAAUGAUCGUCAUUCGAUUUUUGAGCGAAUAAUUCAAAUUUUUAGAGCUGUUUACACUGGUCGUAGCUCUCUUACAAAAGCAAUAUCAAAUGAAAAGCUUGUUCGUCGUGAAAUGUUCCGAAUUGCUGAUCAAAUGACAGCGAGUCGACAGUCGGCACGACCAAUUGAUAAUGAUGUUGGAUUUGUGCUCCUCAAUUUGCCGUUACAGCCGUCUACAAACGAAAUUUACGGAAUUCGAGAAAUCGAAACUUUAGAAUGCUGCUCGGUAGAAGUGUUAAACACGAGAGUUCACUCAUUCGGAAAGAUAAGCAGUUGGUCGGUGUACGAGCUUCAGGAGAUGCUGAACACAUUGCGCAAUUUCAUUUGGAUCCAUGCUGCAACCGAUAGCAUUGCGUCUGUACCUAUCGUGGCUGUUCAUGAAGAUGAAGCAAAUGGCAAUAGUGGCAAUCGUGAGAAGUCUGCUUCUGAAAUAAUUCAAGGAGCGAAAAUCAAUUUGCCAAUACCGAAAGGGUAUACGGCGGCGAUGCCAACGGAGACAAUUCUUUGCUUCCGUUGGUUGAUUAUCCGCAAAGUGCUAUCAAUCAUACGCCUUUUGGUGAAGCAUUGGAUUGCAAACUGUGAUAAUACGGGUCUGCUUUGCCUCUUGGCACAUCUGUUUCUUGAGAAGUCGUGGAGACAAUUCUACAAGGAUAUUCUCGUUAAUUGUCAUAAACAGUUUCGCGAUUACAUGCAAAGAGCAAUUGUCAAGAUUUCCAAGUAUAAUCCAAAUAUUCUCCACAUGGUUUUGAAGAUGCUAUUCGAAUUGUACUACGAGCUUCCGAUGUUCGAAGGCAAAACGGAAGAUUUGACUCCACUUGAAAAAAGGCAACGUCUUCAAAGUGAAAAUAUCGUUUUCGCUAUCCAUGAUUGUCUUCCAACUGAUAAGCCGACCACAUUGAAGAAAAUUAAUGUGCUUGCUAUGUGCGAUUACGAUUGGAGCUCAAUCGGAUUCGUUCCGAUUACGAUUCUUACCGAUGCAAUCAGAAGUCUGACUGUCUAUCAGCCGAGGUUUAGCGAAGUUCGCAGGGAGUACAAUCGUAUCGAAGAAACAUUCGCUUUCACGAGAAUGAAGUUGAUAACAGCAGUUAUUCCGUUUUGCACACAAGCGCAGAUCGAGAAUUGUGGUACAACAUUUUUAGACACCAUCAUGAACAAAUUUCUGUUCCCGCCACUUCCAGAUGUUGAACAAGGAAUGAUCGAGGAUAUUACUUAUCGUUGGGAGAACAAUUGCCGAGACAUUGCCAUUCAGGCUGUGAAUUAUUUUUGUGAGCGCAGCUUCAAACUUAUGAAUCAAGUUUUCGACAUGAUGCAUUUGUUCCCAAUGUUCCACAAAAUGGUUGAUUCAUCCUACCGGCCGUUAAUUCGUCCACGUGAAUAUGAUCAAGUUGGAUUGAAAAAUGAUGGCGGAACGUGCUAUAUGAAUGCGACACUCCAGCAACUCGUUCAUGUUCCGGGUUUGGCAGCGAAAAUUAUUUCAAUAAAAGGAAUCGAUCCGACGCUGAAAUGGGGAGACAAUACAACAGCGUUAUUCACGGAACUCCAGAAAGUGUUUGCACAAUUAGUGUUUUCAAAGGCGCAAGCUUGUAUCCCAUGCGGAAUGUGGAAAGAGUUCAGAUUCGAACCUGACGUUCCUCUCAAUACGAAGCAGCAUCACGAUGCAAUAGAUUUCUAUAGCAUACUUCUUGACAAAUGCGAUGAGGUCAUUAAGAAACUGAAACUUCCUCAAAUGUUCCAAGAGAAGUUUUAUGGAAAAUACAGCUACGAGAAAAUAUGCUAUGGAUGUUGGCAUCGCUACAAGAGUCCGGACGAAGAAUUCAAUUGCAUUUCGUUGGCCCUACAUGGCGAUAAUUUACAAGAAGCCAUCGAGAAUUUCCUCGAUGCCCAUGUAAUGGAAGGGGAAAACGCAUAUUAUUGUCAAGAAUGCAACGAGAAAAAGACGACGCUCAACCGAACCAGCUUCCUUGAAUUGCCAUCGACUAUGACAAUUCAAUUGAAGAGAUUCACAUAUGAUGUGAUCAAUAACAUGAUAAAAAAGGAUAAUCAGUACUUUAAGUUCCCCUUUGAAAUUGACAUGCAACCAUAUAUGACUGCUUCUCGUCACGUGCCUGACGACCAAGUUCAGGCAUUGUUCGACGAUGUUCUUUAUGUUUGCAAUGAUCCUUCGACUCCGCCACCAUCAAAUGGGGACUGCGAGCCAUUAAAGACAGCAGCUUCGUCGUCGAACCUUCUCGAAUCACCACAAAAGAAAUUGUUCCGAAGACACCGAUCAUCUACGCUAAGGUUGUCGCAGUCAGUCGCUGCUGCUUCAUCAAACGAUCUCGCAUCAAAAGACGCGCCGAAACCAAUGAUCUACGAGUUAGUUGGCGUUCUUGCGCAUUCCGGAAUCGCCACUGCUGGUCACUAUUAUUCAUUUGUGAAGGAGAGAAGAGAGGAAUUCAAAGAUUCGUGCUCUUAUGGAAAUUGGUAUCACAUAAACGAUACGCAGACUCAGCCGAUGAACAUGGAUACUCAUGAAGACUUAUGGUUUGGUGGACACAUGAAUCCAGAAAUAAUGAAUGAGGAAAGAAUACGUCAUUGGAAUGCUUAUGUGUUAUUUUAUGAGCUGAAGAAUGAUGACACUGAAAAAGAAAAUGACAAAUUGAACGGUUCUGGAGAUGGUCCGCGCCCAAAAGUCACAUUCCAGUGCAGCGAUGUUGAAAUAAAACAUCCAGUUGAUGAUGAACUGACAAGUGCUCUCAAGUUAUUCGACGAAGCGAAAAAGUUGCGGUUGGAAAUGUUCCACAGCAUGGAUCCAAACUUGCAAGAAUUCUUAAAUGAGGAACAUGCUAGAUACUUGAAAGAACGUGACUAUUAUUCCACUGAUGUUUAUUAUCUUUUCGUCAUGUCGUGUUACCGUCUGUUGCGAGGUGUGCAAGUCGAUUUCACUCUUGAAACGGUUACGAGAGAAGCAUUUAUGUAUCAUGCGUUUGUGAAAUGUUUUUCUUACAUUUCGAGAAUUUGUUGGCAAAUGUUCGACGAGCACCGGCCAAAGGGCUACCCGAGAAGUACUAUUGAACUUCUUAAAAUAUUGAUGAAUGAGAACCGCCGCAACAAAACUGUGUUGAUGGCGAAUCUUGUUCGCAAUGAUAUGGAAGUCUUCACUCGUUUGGUGGAAGUCAACGAACACGAUGCGCGUCACGCAUUUUGGGUUGUUGUUCGUUUUGCAUUCCGCCAUUGGGUCUUGGAAAAUGGUGAUCCACCAUCGUCUCAAGGCUCGGUUAAGAUGGUUGCGAGUCGAGAUUCGACCGAUGUAGAAGACGAUGACGAGGAAGAGGACGAGGAUGAUGAGGACGAUAUUGACGACGAAGAAAUUGAAUCAGAUAUCGAGGGAGCACUAGAAGUUCCGAUUACCAAAGCCAUUCGUCCAAUUAUUCGUAUCAAUCCAAUAGUACCGCCUGUAGUUCCUGUGGAACCAUAUAUUGAUAAGAGGACAACUGAUGAUGUGAUCUGUGAGGAACUUACGAAUGAUCAGAGUCUAAUGAAAAAGAUAAUAUGCAAAAUCGUUCAGCUGCUCUCGUUCCAAUGCGAUCCAAUGGUUCGAUUCGAAUUUGGAGGUCGUCAUUUCACCAGACACUCUGUCGACAUAAUGCAGAUGAUCGCACGCGCUAACAGUUUCGGAGCCAAUUUCCUUCUUUCUUGCAACGUUCUCGAGUGUGCAACCGAUCUGUUCAUUGAGGAUUGCCAAACGCCAUUCGCUCGCUUGCGAUUUAGCGAAGCUCGAAUGAAGGCGAACGGAUUGUGGCCAACACUUCCUUGGCUGUUCUUUGAACUACUCAACGUGUUUCUCGAAAGGGUUCGCGCACCAACGUUAGACGCGCGUCUUGUUCCGCGAAAUGCUCUUAAUUUACUUAUUAUCUACUGCUCGGCACGCGAGGAGGCUGAAAAUGUUGCGAAGAUGCCCGACGACAGGAAAUUGUUGCAUGCUAGAAUAAUCGAGUGCUUCUAUCAACAGAUUGUCAUUCUCAUGUGCAGCGAAAGAGAAGAGGAUGUUCAUGAGUACAUUGUUCAAUUAGUGCAAACAGUUCUCAAGGAAAUGACAAUGAGCGGCGGAUGUUUCGGUGAAAACACAUGGCCAUAUUUAAUUACAUUCUUCUGCGAUUUGGCUCAGCGAUUGCAUUCGUUGGAAAAUGUGGACUUGGCUUUGAAGAUUCUUGAGGAAUUGUUGUAUGUUCCAGUUGCUGAAGAUGAAACGAUGGUUCAUCCUGGAUUGUUGCCUCAAAUGAGAAAAUGGCUUCAAUUCCGCGGGUCACAUAAAACGAAGAAAAUGUUUGAAGCGCUUUUUUAUUUGAGGAAGAGCAAGAAUGAAGACAUCGCUGAUACAUUCCGUACUAAAUUCAAAGAACUAUUUGACGCAUCUGACGAUGAAGAUGGAAAUGAGCAAGACCGAGCUUCUCUCGAAAUGAUUCGCUUGGCUGAUGAUGGCGAACGACGAUCGCCCCCAAUCAUUGGCCCGCAACCAUUGAGACGUGCUUCGAACACCACCAAUUUGACCGCGGAAACUGAGCCGGCCAUCGCCACAGCGCGCAUAAUCGAGACGAGAGCAAUUGAUUUGAAGAAGCACAUUCAAUCAGAUCGUAACGACUAG